AUGGUUAAGAAGGCACGUGCUGCCCUCUUGGGCAUGAGCAUGUUGGCUCCUGGAGCACUGGCGUCGCCAGGUAUGCGACCGCGUCAAUUCGUGACUCAAGAUGAGACUGUGCAGCCUACCAUGAUGCCUGCCGCGGUCAACCCGGCGACACUGACCCGGGGCGAGUAUGUGGUGACCUUGGUCAACUCGCACACCGCCGAUAUUACCACGGCGCAUAACCAGAAUUUGGGGGCGCCGACGGCGAUCCAGGAUGGUGGUAGCAUCGUCGAGUCUGGGUCGACUGCUAUCUUUGCUGUCCCUACUGGUUGGGCAGGCCGAGUCGCCAUGGCUGAGGCGGGUGUUCUCAUCCGUGACCGGGCGUCGCUUCUCGAAGGCUCGUUCAUUCAUGAUGAGGGUCUCGGUGCAGCACGGAUUGCGUUGGACGUGAGCUACGUGGACGGAUUCACGGUCCCCAUCGUCUGCCAAUGCAAUGACAAGGUGGUGGUGGGUUGUAACCUCGACCUGCUCGACAUGUGUCCCGCUGACUACCGAAUCAACUACGGGACCUGCAUUAAUCCCCACAGAGAUGAGAUGAACAUUGGCACGAACUUCUUCCACGAGUGCGCGGCGAUGGCGUACACGUUUCCCACGGACGACCGCGCCACUGUCUGGGGUGUUGAGGGCUGCGAGGCUUCGAUCAAGUGCUGCGUGGGAACAGCGUGCGCGCCUCAUCCUCGCCAGGUGCUGUGCCCGAACGAGUACGGUGUUGCGGAGUUGUGUGUGUCGUUGUCCCCGGAUAACUCGACAUCUCCUGAUGCUGGAAGGAACUAG